UAGCAGCUUGCUCCUCCUGCUUGCAAACGAGACAAGGCGGAGAAAAGAAAAGGAAAAAAAAUAGCGAGCUGAAGAAAAACAAAUUCCACCGAACACACACAUUUAUGUACAUCUCGAAUUAUACGCACCAGCAAGUGCACAGACCAGGCCAUCAGCUUCUCUGAUGGCACUCUCCGACUUGAUACCAUCUAUCUUCAUAUUGUUCAUGUUAAUUAUUUACCCGUUCUUCACAUCAACCUCAACGACCAACCGGCGUGCAAUACACCUCCCUCUCACUCGCACUCUCUGUGGAUCAAACUCCACCGCGGUUCGAAACCAUCUGAGAUCAAGACUUCUCAGUCUCCGCAUGCCUCUUUAUGAUGAUCUUGCACUAGAUGGGUACUAUACUGCUCACAUUAUGAUUGGAACUCCACCGAAAGAAUUUGCGCUGGUUGUUGAUACGGGGAGCACAGUUACUUUUGUUCCUUGCUCUACUUGUCAACACUGUGGCAGUCAUCAUCAGGACCUGAAAUUCCAUCCAGAGUUGUCUACUACAUAUGAACCUAUAAUAUGUGAUAUUGACUGCACUUGUGAUAAUGAUGGGGUGCUAUGUAUCUAUGAUAGACAGUAUGCUGAUAUGAGUAACAGCAGUGGAGUUCUUGGUACUGAUGUAAUUUCUUUCAGUAACCAAAUUGGACUUGCACCACAGCGUGCUAUUUUUGGCUGUGAAAAUGGGGAAACUGGUUCUCUCUUUAGUCUAAGUGCUGAUGGCAUAAUGGGUCUAGGACGUGGUGACUUAAGUAUUGUUGAUCAACUUGUUGAUAGAGGUGUAAUAAGUGAUUCUUUUUCCUUGUGCUACGGUGGAAUGGAUAUUGGUGGUGGAGCAAUGGUUCUUGGGGGAGUUUCACCUCCAAAAGAUAUGAUCUUUACCCAUUCAAAUGUAAUUAACAGUUCAUUUUACAAUGUUGAGUUGAAGGAGUUUCAUGUAGCCGGCAAGCCUUUGUCUUUAGAUCCAUAUGUUUUUGACGGUAAAGAUGGAAGAGCUGUGCUGGAUAGUGGGACAACCUUUGCUUUUUUUCCAGAGGCUGCGUUUAUAGAGUUUAAGCAAGCGAUGAUUAAGGAGCUCCAUUCUUUAAGGCAGAUUCCCGGUCCUGACCCACACCGUAAUGACAUUUGUUUCUCUGACGCUGGAAGUGAUAUUUCAGAAUUGUCAAAAUAUUUUCCAACUCUUGAUAUGGUAUUUGAAAGGGGACAAAAAUUAUCUCUAUUUCCAGAAAACUACUUGUUCCGUCACCCCGAGGUGCAUGGUGGAUAUUGUCUUGGGAUAUUCCAAAAUGGGAAGGAUUCAAGUACAUUAUUAGGAGCAAUAGUUGUCCGCAAUACUUUUGUCACAUAUGACCGUGAGAAUCAACAGAUUGGUUUUUGGAAAACCAAUUGCUCAGAGGUAUGGGAGAGACUUAAUGCUACUGGUGCACCUACACCCGGACCUUCAACCUUGGAGAUACCAAAACCCUCCGCGCUAUUGCCACCUGCAACGAAUCCUACUGAAGCUUCACCUUAUGUUACUAUAGGGCCAAAGGUUGGCCUUAUAACAUUCUACAUGUUUUUCAAUGUCACACAUUCAAUCAUUCAGCCUCACAUUGAAGAGCUUGUGCAGAACAUGGCUGAGGAAUUAGAUUUACAUGCUUCACAGGUGCAAAUAAUUAAUUUUACGUCAGUGGGGAAUGAGUCACUUAUAGGAUGGACCAUUUCUCCUGCAGGGUCUGAUGGCUACAUUUCCGGUACAACUGCAAGAAGUAUAAUAUCUCGGUUGGCUGAACAUCAUAUACAUCUUCCUGAAAUCUUUGGAAGUUAUCAAUUUUUAAAAUGGAAGGCUGGCCCCCCUUUAAAACGGACAUGUUGGCAGAAGCAUCACACAACAGUACUGUUCUCGAUGAUUAUUGUUGCCGUAGUACUUGGCUUAGCAGUUUCCGCGACAUGGUAUAUAUGGGGACGGAAGCAGCAAACAGUUGUUCCAUACAAGAACUUCAGCUGUCGUAAACUGAGAAGUUCUGCUGUCAUAAACUGAGGAGUUCUGCUUAUUUAUUCGGAGUACAACAGAAUAAAAUACAUAGAUAUUGUAGCACAUGUAUAGUGCUGUUAUAUUUGGCCUCUGUGUCCAAUCACAUAGAAGAUUUGUAAAGAAUAUCAUAUACAUAGCAGCCGAGUUUUUGUUUGUAUUUUGGUUAAAUAUGUAAAUCCGACUGACAUCUUGAGAAUGUUGUUAAAAGCUGGUAAUAAAGAACAGGCAGGCUU